AUGGAGGAUGAAGAUGGCACAUGUUUACUUGAUGUGUUGUGUGACCCACAAGCCCUGAAUGACUUCCUUCAUGGGACAAAAGAGCUGCUAAGUGGAGACCUGCUCAUUAAUUCUUCCUCUGGGGAGCCGUCCCUGUUCACAGACACACCGAGCCCUGUCUCUUUGUUGGCAGAUGAUGCUGGUUCUCAUGACACAACUAUAUCAGGCUGUGUGGAUCUCUCCUUUCUGGAUGAGGCCUUGCUGGCCUCACCAUCAGGAGGAGAGGAUUCUGAAGAGGUAUGCGAACCUCCACAAGGUGAGGCAGAAGUGCCACAGCAACAGGAAAAGGAGGAGGAGACAUGUGACAUCCUACAACAGAGUCUCCAAGAGGCUGACAUCACUGAGCACACACUUGCUUUAGAGGCAGGUCUUGCCCAGUCUAGUGAUGCGCUCUCUCUCUACCCAUCUGGUGUACCCCCACCUUCACCUCCAUAUAUGUCUAAACCACUGAGCAUCUCUGGGGUUACAACAUUGCCCAGGGACACACAAGUUGCAGUGGAGCCUCCUCAGCCAUCCCUGUUAGCUGUAGGACCAGGUUGCCCUUCACUCAAACCUGUACCACCCCAAUUAAUGGGGCUGCUACCUGGAAACGUAUUUCCUGCACCUCCCACACCUGACACAUCCUUCUGCCUGAGUCGUGCACAGAAUUCCAACAUGAUCAUCCACAAAACCCUACCAGGCCUUGCACUGAGCCCUGCUGUUAGGACAACAGCACCCCCAGAGAUUAUAUUGCAAAGGACCCCUCUGCCCAUCCAACCCAAGCUACCAGUCAACAUCCAGCCUAGAUUGGUGCAGAUAAGUCCAAAACCAUCAGAGCAGAAAUCAUCUCCAGGACUUGCCUUCAUCCCUCCAGCUGCAUCACAAAAUAUCCUGUUGUCUUCUCCUGUGGGCCCCAGGCAGCCUCUGCCAUCACAGUCUACAACCACACUCAACAAGCCUGUGAGCCUCCAGCUAGUCAACCAGGGAGGCUCAAUUGUCAUUCAGCCCCAGAGUUUCUUUCAGGGCCAAAGCCACUUUAUAUUGCCUAGUCAAGGCUCUGUAAACCAGUCUUCAAGUGUCUCUAGGCCACUGCUCAGCACGACACACAAUCACAUGCCAAGCGCAGCCCCUCUGGCAGGACAGAUUGUUGAUGGCUCACAGAUUGUAACAGUACGCCCCAGGCAACUGAAUUUUAGCCCCAUGUUUACCACUCCAACUGGGCAGCUCACACUCAGACAGGGGGCUGUCCUGUCUGGACCCUUGCAGCUUCAGUCAGCGCCUCCUACUGUCUUCCAGAUGCCGGCACAGCUAGCAGGGACCUACUCUGCUCAUGCACAGGGACAGCAUGGCGGUGUUGUCCACACUCCGGCCUUAGGGAAGCAGAUCACCUUGAUCAACACUCCUGGUGUGCUUGCCCCUGAUAUGACUGCCAUAUCAAUAGUGAAUGGGCCAUCCGUGGUGCAAAGCUUGCCCUUUAUGUCCCAGGCACAGAGAUCUAUGGCAGCAGGCCCUGAGGAGCAGCUAAGUCUUCCACAGACCCCAGUACUUCUAUUGCCUGAGAGAACCGCAGCAGAUAAAAAUGCAACAAAUGAACAGCUGCAGAGUAUCUUACAACAAGGCACACUGUCUCCUCCAGCUUCAGUGCAAGCCGCUGUAGCCAAAAUGCAAACACAGCCUUCCCCAGCCAUUACUCUUUUGCAGGCAGCACCAGAGAGCACCAGUUCCCCUGAGCCUGUCGCAUUAUUGUCCAAACACCUAAUUACACACCCCCAAAAGCAGCAAGUUAUUGAAGGAGGCCAUACACCACCAAAUCAAGCAUUCAUACACCAUUCCCUACAGGAAGCACUUAAUCUUUCUGCCUCUGCUGAGUCCUUGGACAACCACAUCUCUCCUGCAGCUAGUGAGACAGAGUCAUCACCCAUGGUACUGGCUGUGUGCACUUCAUCUGAGGUUCUCUCUGUGCUGUCAGAAUGUGGAGGCAUCCCCACUCCAGUGCAUUCUGGGUCAGAGCAUGGUGACAUGUUACUCUCGCCACCCAUAACCCAGUGUUCUGGAAGUACUCCCUCGACUAUGUUUCCUACACCCCCACUUUCAGACAGACAACCCUCCUCAACAUUUCUGGUUCUCAGUGCCAAAAUGCAGGGGCAAGAAGAAUCCAUAUUGUCCAGGAGUCAAUCUUCAACUCCGGAAAAGAUGUGCAUUUCUGAGCAGCAGCUUUUACCCAUCCCAGUAUCUACUGGCCUCAAUGGAGCCCUGGAAUCUGGCCUUAAUGAAGCCCAGCAGCCCAUGCAACGCAGCAAACUCGGAGUUCCUGGUGUAGUGGAUGAUGAAGAAAUAGUCUCGCUGGAUCUGCAGCAGAGUUCUGAUGGCCACACCACACUUCAGGUGAAAAUGCAGGUGCCCUGUGUCAGCGUGAAGGCAAGAGAAAGACUCACACCAGCAAUGCGGCACCAGAGGUUCAAGCAGCAGCUUUGUUCAGACUAUGACGCUGUUCUUAAUCCAAAUACUUGCACUCGGUUUGCUUCACUAGAAGAUGCCAUGAGACACCUGUUGCCCUAUCAUACCUGCUCCAGAGCCUUACCCAGCCAAGCUGAUCUGCUGACAGUGGAUAAGCAGUUUGAGAAUGUAUCAGGGCUGCUGCUGAAAUGUACUACAGACAUGCUAAACAAAUACAGGCAGCUCUUACUGGCAGAGUCUCAGCAAGAAAGUCCUUCAGCAGAGAUGGUGAUGUUAGAACGGUUAUUCCUGCAGUCUGAGCGACUCUUACUGGGGGAGGAGAGACGCAGAGCAAGAGGGGAUCCAGAGUCCUUCUUGAUGUCCUUGCGUAAAGCAUCAUGGCACCGUGGCAUGCUGCCUCCACGCCACCCUAAUGCCUCAGCAAGUCCCCCGUCACCCCCUGCAUGGGCGCUACACUCAGACAGACCCCCAGGUCUUAAAACGUAUUGCUCGAGGAGCAGGGGGGCGCUGCGCCUUACCAUCAAGCAUGAGUCAGGAUCACGCAAAGUCAUCCACAACUCUGCCUGCGAUGAGCCACACACUCCCACUGGACAUAAACGCACCUUAGACGGGCAGCUAAUUAAGAGAGGAGGGAAUGAAGAGGAGCAACAGGAAAUACUGUUCAGUCCUACACAGACGAGCUCAGAGCAGAAACAAGCAGUGGAUAGUGUGAGCAUGAACAAGACAGCCUGCACCAAGUCAGAGCACAAAUCUGAAAGCACGGAGGGGUCAUUUCCAGAUGCGCAACCCCCAGAGCUUAAAAGAACCAAGCUGGAUGUUGCAGACGGGUUGGGGGAUGAAGGUGGUCUGAGUGAGCACCUGCAGAGUGCUAUAGACAGCAUCCUGGAGCUUCAGCGGCUUCAGGGACCAGCAGCUUGUCUGAAACCCAAACUGCAGCCCUGCACACUGGAGCAGAGCAUCAGCUGUAUGUUGGAGGGAGAAAUGUAA